CAGGUUCGAAUCCUGCUUCUGACGCUUGUCUUUUGCUCCUCGUUUUUGGCCCAUAUCCUGUCUCCUGUCUCCUGUCUCCUGUCUGCCCAUCGCCACUGCGGUGUGCUCUGUUGUUUUCCUUCUGGAUGCCAUGCUCGCCGUCUCCGGUUUCUGCCGUUGAAUGUCGUUGAAUAUCGUCUUCCAGUGUCGUCUUCCAGUGUCGUCUUGAUCCAUUGAUGUGCAUCCGCUGUCCCGAUCCCCACGUCGAUCGCGAUCUCCAUGUCGGUCUGGAUCGUGCCUCGCUGUGCGCUCUGUCGUUCGGCUCUUGUCUCGCCCCCACCGCAAGUCUCUCUCGUCCAUCACAACUUCACAUAGUCCCGUCGCUGCAUCUUCUUGCAUCCGGCCAUGUCCAUGGCCACGAGUAUAUGCGUGGCCCUCCCGCAUUCUAUCCAUCGGCCCCUCUCAACUCAUUUGGCCAACAGCAUUGUCGGCAUUGGCAGCGGAGCCCACCUCCUCGACCACCUGCGACAAUUCCGUUCUUCAGCUGCCCAAGCCACCGAGGUGCAGAAUCGACCAAACAACCAGCAGUCUCUUCCCAGAGCAUCUUUCUCCGACGAUAGCCGCCCAUCCGAGCUAUCUCCAGAAUCCGUCCUCCUCAAGACCGCUUUGCAUUCCUCCCUCCGUCCAUACCAGAAAGAGUGCAUCCUCACCUGCAUCAGCGAGUUCCAGAAGGGCAUCAGGCGGCAGGCCGUGUCGCUUCCUGUCGGCAGCGGCAAGACCCGUAUCUUCACCGCACUGAUCGAGCACAUCGACCCUCCCAAGCCCGGUGCCAACAAGACAUUGAUCCUGGCGCACCGUGAAGAGCUGCUCGAUCAAGCAUACCACAGCAUAAAGCGGCAGUUCCCCGAUGCUCGCAUCUGUCUGGAUCAACGAGUACAGAAAUACGACCCCAAUAGCGACAUUGUCUUGAGCAGUGUGCAGACGAUCGGCCGCGAUGGGAGCCCGAGACUCCUGCAGUAUAACCCCGAGGAUUUCAAGUGCAUCAUCAUCGGUGAGGCUCAUCAUGCUGCUGCCCCGGUAUAUCGCCGCAUCCUGGCGCACUUUGGCGCCGACUGCCCAGGCUCGCACAUCUAUGUCUGGGGCUGUUCGGCAACCCUGAGGCGCCACGAUGGGGUUUCGCUGGGGGGCAUAUUCGACAAGGUUGUCUACCACAAGGACCUCGACAGCAUGAUCGAUGAGGGAUGGCUUUGCAGAGUCAAUCCCAUAGCGGUCGAAACCCGCGUCCGGAUCGACGAGGUUCCCGUGGUGGCUGGUGACUAUGCGGUCGAUGCGCUUUCCAAGGCCAUCAACAAACCCGAGCGUAACAACGUCAUUGUCCAAAUAUAUCUGUCGCAGGCAACGGGACGCAAAUCGACGCUGGUAUUCGCGGCGGACAUCCAACACAUCGAAGACCUGGCCAGCGAGUUCAGGAGGCACAAUGUCGAUGUUGCCACUGUCCAUGGGAAGAUGAAGUCGGCCGAGCGGUCUGGAGCACUCAAGCGCUUCCGAGAUGGCCAGACUCCCGUGCUCAUUAAUUGCGGUAUCGUAAGCGAGGGCACCGAUAUCCCCAACAUCGACUGCAUCAUGAUGGCACGCCCAACGCGAUCGACGCCGCUACUGAUACAAAUGCUGGGGCGAGGCAUGCGUCUCCACCCGGACAAGCACGACUGCCUCGUAUUUGACUUUUUGGACACCCUCGACGGCGGUCCAAGGCUCCGGAUUGCUCCGACUUUGUUCGGACUGCCUCCCGAGCAAAUCUCUGAGAGCAAAGACGCAGAUAAUGACUUGGGUGGUGACUGUGCCGGCCCACGGACAGCCCAGUUGGACAUGCUUCCCAGUGGCGGCGACAGAGCAAGCAGUCCACCACUCCUCGCCGAACCAGAGCAAGUGCCACAAAUUCGGCCAAUCGAGAUUCGCCUGCGAGGAAUACCGAUGCUGUUCAGUCGGGACGAGGCGCAGAGCCAUGCGGCCGUCCUUCAAACCAUCUCUCGCUUUGCUUGGAUGCGGGUGGGUCUAUCGGAUUGCGCCCUGCCCUUAAUGGACAAGUCUUGGCUUUUGAUCAAACAGUCGACAGAGGGCGGCCCGUACACUGCCUCGAUUAGAAAACGAGUCAAGCUGCCGCCUUCGGCACGCAGCCGCACCAAGUACAUCGUCUCCUCCAAGGAGCUGCUGAGCAGCGAUACCCUCGAGUCGGCCAUCCGGGGUGCUGAUACCUGGGUUCUUUCCACCAUGCCCUAUGCCCAAGCCCGAAACCUCUUCCGCAACGCGUCCUGGCGACGGCAGCCAGCCAGCCCAGCACAGGUCGAGGCCAUCAAGCGCAUAAUGGGCGAGGAAUAUGUCCAGCGCCUCUCUGCGCUGACCAAGGGUGAGGCCCAUCAGAUCCAGACUCGGCUGAUGAUUUCAUACUCCAACAAGUGUCCUGCGUCGCUGAGGCCUGACUCCACAGGCGUUGGAGGCAGCACAACCCCGGCAGCAGCGACAUCCAAGACACAGACGACGACACCAGCCAAACCGCGCGGCGCUGCGACCAGGCCAAAGAAGAUCGGCCCAUCCUCCUGAACGUGCCUGCGUCGUCGUCCAAUCCCCACUCCCGCAUCGUCCCCAGACCCAAUGUACCUUCGCUGCAGAGCUCUUCGAAUCCACUGCAUCGUCUCCGUUCGUCAAUCCACCCGCACGCUGGGGGGGGGAGGG